AAAAUCCCUCAAAACCCCAACCCCUAUACCUCUAAAAUAUUGUAUUUUCAAUUUUUUUUUUUGAGAUUUUUCCAAAUUAUUGUGGGGAAAGAUACCUAAUCUUGAGCUAAAAAUCUUUGAUUGCAACUGGGUUCUUUUUCAAUCGUGAGGUUUAGGGCUUGUUCUGGUGGGUUUUUUUUGGAGGAUCGAUUGUUGUUGAGAAAUGGGAAGUAGAAGAGAAGAAGAGAAGAACGAGAAAAUAAUAAGAGGUCUCAUGAAGCUGCCUCCUAAUCGUAGGUGUAUCAACUGCAACAGCUUGGUACCUCAGUAUGUUUGUACAAAUUUUUGGACUUUUGUUUGUAUAACCUGCAGUGGAAUUCAUCGUGAGUUUACUCAUCGUGUGAAGUCUGUAUCCAUGUCUAAGUUCACUUCUCAGGAAGUUGAAGCUCUUCAAAAUGGUGGUAAUCAGCGUGCAAGAGAAAUAUAUCUGAAGGAUUGGGACAUACAAAAACAAAGGUUGCCUACUAGCAGCAAUGCUGAUAAAAUCCGCGAGUUUAUAAAGAAUGUAUAUGUGGAUAGAAGAUAUGCCGGAGGAAAGAGCUCAAAUAAUCCUCCAAGAGAUAUGCAGGGCCUUAAUAACCAUGAAGAUGACACAAGGCGUGCCAGUUCUUAUCAUUCAUUUUCUCAGAGUCCACCUUAUGAUUAUCAGUAUGAAGAUCGCCGUUAUGGAAGACAAGUUGGUGCCCUUUCUAGAAAGCCUGGUUCAGAUCGAGGAUAUUAUGUUGGGAGAUUUUCUAGUUUUAUUGGCAGUCCUGGUUGCUUAAGUGAUCAAACAUUUGAGGACAGGUUUGCAAAUGAGGGUUCAGCUCCUCGGGCUUCAAAUUACUCAAUAUCUAGUGGUGGUGACACUUUCAGACCUGGUACAGAGUCCCCAAGUUUUCAGAAGGACAUUGGAUUUAGUAGCCCAAGUAUUCAGUCCUCAAGAGAAGGUUUAGGUGAAGAUGCAAGGCAUCAAACUAUAGAUUUAUUUGCUGAUCCAAUUCCCAAAAGAGAUACGCAAUUGAUUCCCCAUAUCCAGAGAACUAUAUCCCCAACAAGCACGGGAUCAUUUGAUAGCAACUCUACAUCUUUGGAGUCAUAUAAUACAGGAAAUAUGGUUGAUGUCUCAGAACCUCACCAAACUGCUGGAGUCAAUCGGUAUACUGCAUCUACAUUUCCUCGGUCAUCCGGUCCUGUGAAUUAUGGUGGACUGGAUCUUUUUAAUACACCCGAGUCUUCUGCACCUCCACCUACUGAUUUGUUUCUACCAGCAACACCAUGGGUUCCAUCUGCAUCCUCAACAAGCACUGGAUCAUAUGAUAGCAACUCUACAUCUUUCAAAUUGUAUAAUACAGGUAAUGUGGUUGAUGUCUCAGAACCUCACCAGACUGCUGGAGCCAAUCAGGAUACUGCAUCUACAUUUCCACGUUCAUCUGCUUCUGUGAAUUAUGGUGGACUGGAUCUUUUUAAUACACCAGAAUCUUCUGUGCCUCCACCUACUGAUUUGCUUCUACUGGAAACAUCAUUGGUUCCAUCUACAGAAAUGUUUCAGCAACCUGCAGAUGUAGCAACCAGUUUACAUCAACUUCCUCAAAAUACUCCAUCUGUAGACUUAUUUUCUCAGAUUGUGGAGCAGUCCCCAACUGCAAACUUGGGUGUUGAAUCAUCAGAGUUAUCUAUUCCUAAGAAUGAAGGUUGGGCUACAUUUGAUACCCAGCCUGCAGCAUCCAAUUCCAACCCGGGAAUGGAAAUUCAUUCCCUUGCAAAAAUGCCCAGCAAUGGAGAUUUUGCAGUAAAUUUUGACCAAUUUUCAUCCUUAAAAACAAGUAUGCCGGGGCCACUGUUUGAAGGUUCUGGGGCUGCUUCGUCAUUAUCUAGUCCAUGGCAGGAGGGCUUGCACAAUGUUCAAGCUCAAACUGUUGUAACAAGCACUCAGGCAUGGAAUGCUUUUGAAGAUUCUGUUGAACACAUUUUUCUGGAGGAUGCUAGGCAAAAGCAAAGCAAUGAAACAGAAGUACUUGCAUACAAGCCUUCAGUAACUGCCAAUCGCAGUUCAGGCAUAGGAGUUUCUGAGGAUUCUAACAAUGAUGGGAUUCAAGGAGCUGCUCACCAUCCUGGGACCUUUGCUCCUAACUUACCAUUAGACUUUGCCAUGGCACCAUUUGCUCCUCCAUCGAUGCUUCCUAUUAUGGGAGAAAAACAGUUACAUGGUUCUGAUCAUAAAUCAACUAAUCCAUUUGAUCAUCCUUAUGAUUCUGACAUGGAACCUAGCAACAUGUUCUUUGACAUGAGUUCUUUACAAGCAGCACUUCCUAAUCCUGAGUUAUCAUCUACCUUUGUUGCUGGUAAGUCUGAACCAUGGUUUCCCCAGAAUCCCGUGACACCUUUUAUUGCAGCAGCAGCACCACAAGGUGGCCUAGCAUAUGUGGCAGGGCAACCACAAAGCUCUCAAUUACUGAACAUCUCGACACAAGGACCUGUUGCUUCCAUUGGAGGAAAUCCCUUUGCAUAGGAUCCUGUUGGCAGAAGUAGCGUUCCCAUACUUCAGUCGGUAGUUUUCUAGUGCCAAUUGUAGCAUUUGAAUCCCAAAUAUUUUGGAUCCUUUUGUGAAUAACUUUAUCAAUUUCUGAUUGUUUGAUGUAUUCAAUCCAGGUCUAGUGUUUCUUUGUAAUUUAUUUUAGAAUUAUUGAUGGUUAAGUGCUUAGUGGCAGCAGAACAUGGUUCUUCAAAUUUAAGUUGCCACUUAUGUUCUGCUUGUAUCAAUGAACCAAUGGUAUUUUACAAUUUUCUUACAUCUGCCUAAGUGAUCUCUUAAUUUAAUAUAUUAAAAAUUCAAAA